AGAGUUCAGUCAUCGGAAAUUUAAAGUUGUCUUUUUUAAAAGAAAAAGCAAGAAAUGUUCAUAUUCCAAGUCCUCAUAAGCAUAGGACCAUCAUCAUCGCCUUCUUCAAACCGCUCUCUUCCUUUUCCAAUUUCAUCAUUACAAAAUCCAUCUCCACAGCAUUCGCAAAAGCAGCCUUAAAUUCCCAAUCAAAACACCACACUCCUUCCUCCCUUUUCCCUCCAUUCUUCUUUUGCUUGUGCUCAUCAAUCAAUUGCAGCUCCACUCCCUCUUCCAAAACCUCUCAUUCCCCUUUCUUCACGCUUGCUCAGUACCUCACCCACGCGCACGCACAAUUCACGCCUCUCUCAACCUUUUCUAGCACAUCACUCCCCCAAUUUGCAGCAAAAGUUUCAAUCUUGGCCGCUGAAUUUCUCCAAUUGAGAAUCUCCCAUGGCGGGCCGGAUCUGAAUUGGGACGCCGCCGAAUUCGGAUCUUCGCGGCGGAGAUGGUGGCGGAGCCUUGGUUGCUCAAGAUGGGGAAUCAGGUGAGCCACAAUUUAAAGCAUGCUUUGUAUCUCGAGAAUUUGACAAAAUCGCCCAGCGCAAAACAGGGGCCUAGUGAUAAUAAGCAGAUUAUAGGUAUACUGUCGUUUGAAGUAGCUAAUGCCAUGUCUAAGAUCAUCCACUUGCACAAUUCCCUCACUGAAAACGAGGUUUUUAAGCUCAGGAAUGAGGUUUUGAAGUCUGAGGGUGUUAGGAGUCUUGUUUGUGGCGAUGAGAAGCGUCUGUUGGAAUUGGUUGUGGAGGAGAAGCUGGAUGAUCUGAACAAGGUUGCUGGUGUGGUGUGUAGAUUAGGGAAGAAAUGCACGAUCCCGGCGCUGCAGGGUUUCGAGCACGUUUAUGGGGAUAUUGUUUGUGGGGCUGUGGAUUUUAGGGAGGUGAGUUUUCUUGUGAGGGAUAUGGAGGGUAUGGUGAGGAGGAUGGAGAGGUAUGUGAACAGCACGGCUGCUCUUUACGCGGAGAUGGAGGUGAUGAAUGAGAUGGAGGCGGCCGUGAAGAAGUUUCAGCACGAGGAGACGAGGAGGGCUUAUGAGCAGAAAUUGGCGUGGCAGAAGCAGGAUGUGAGGCAUUUGAGAGAUGUCUCUCUUUGGAACUUGACUUAUGAUAAGGUGGUUGAGCUUUUGGCGAGGACCGUGUGUACAGUCUUUGCUCGGCUGUGUUUCGUUUUUGGAGAUGUGUGUUCGAGGAGGGGGAAUGUUGAUAUUUCCACAACAAAUAAGAGUGAUGGCUGUUCUCAUUCGGCCAUUUCAAGACAAGUUGGAGAUGAGAGGGUGGAGAAGAAAAGCCCGAGUUUAGGAGGUAAACUUGGGAUCCGAGGAAACCAAGGAGGCUUGUUUCGUGCAGAGGUUUACAACGCUGCCUGCUGCAUAGGGCGGGGGAGGCUGUUGAUGGAGUGUUUAAGUUUGAGUAGUUCUGCUUCCAAAGUGGAUGAUGACGAUGAGCGUGUCGUUUAUGAUGAUGGGAUUGAUCAAGUUUCGGAAUCUAUCACUGCUGCAACUGAUUUGAAUAGAACAAUUCAUGCCAUCCAUAGUGGAGAUGAAACCGAGACGAAAGGAAGUUUGUUGAGCAGUUUAAAGUUUGGGAGAAAGAGUAGGCUCCUUGCUCAUGGACCUCCUAAUAGUGUCGGAGCCUCUGCGUUAGCCUUGCACUAUGCUAACGUUAUCAUCGUGUUGGAGAAGCUUCUCCGUUACCCUCAUCUUGUAGGGGACGAGGCUAGGGACGAUCUGUAUCAGAUGCUCCCGACGAGUCUGAGAAUGACUCUGAAGUCUAGUUUGAAGUCUUACGUAAAAGACUUGGCUAUCUAUGACGCUCCUCUCGCCCACGCUUGGAGGGAGAGGCUCGACCUGCUGCUCAAAUGGCUUGCUCCUCUCGCGCAUAACAUGAUGAGGUGGCAGAGCGAGCGCAACUUUGAGCAGCAGCAGAUUGUGACGAAUAAAAACGUUCUUCUGAUUCAGACCAUAUAUUUUGCUGAUCGGGAGAAGACAGAGGCCGUUUUGAGCGAGCUGCUCGUUGGUCUGAACUAUAUCUGUCGGUACGAACAGCAACAGAACGCGUUGCUGGACUGUUCGAGUAGUUUUGAUUUCGAAGAGUGCAUGGAGUGGCAAUCACAAGUCAGGAGUAGUUCAUUUUCUUGAUUUUUAUUUUGCUCUUGGUUUUUUUUAUUGCAGUUUUUAUUUUAUUUAUGAUUAUGGUAGCUUUAUUACCAUCUGCAGAUGUAUGAUAAAAUGUAGGUGAUAACACUACUACCAUUGUGACUAAAAAAUAUCCCUAUUGUGAAAACAA